AGGGGUGGAUGCUGCAGGGGAAGUCAGGAAGAGCAGUGAGAGAGGAGCACGAGGGGAGGCAGAAGCAACAGCUCGUUGCGGGCCAAGAGGGGGGCGGAGGGCUAUUGAGAGCAGCCAGUAAAGGUGGCUUGGGUGCUGCUGCUGCCCCUGCUGCUGCUGGUGCUGCUGCUGGGGUUCCUUCUGAGCGGUUUGUCAUCUCUGGGCCUUCAGUAGCUGUAAAGCCAGAGCCAGGAUUGGUAGGUGACGCAGGGGCUGUUGGACUUUCAGAUGGUCAUUCAGGCGUUUUGCCAGGUGAUGGGAAGCGGGAUAGUCUUAGGUCGGGCGUUUCCGAAUACGGACGGACAGAGGAAAUGAUUCUCCCAGGGUUCUUAGCUGAGCUUCUAAGUGCCGUCAUACGCGCAGAUGCAUCGAAUCUGGCCGCAGCUGCUGGGGCACAGACAUCACCAUCCACCCCUGCACUGCAGCCGAUGCCUCCGACAACAUCCCACCUGCCUGCUCUCCAGCCCCAUUCCCAGCCACAAGGGGAGGUCCCAGCUCAGUCCAAUGUAGAUCUAGCAGAGAUUCUUCUGGGGCGGAUGACGGGGGACGCGGUGAUGCUAGCACGCUGUGCAGCGGUGUGCCGCGCAUGGCGGGAUGGGUUCCACAGGGUGUGGAGGGGGCUGCUGCUGCUGGACUUGUCGACUCUAGGGGCGCGCUUGCAGGACUCCGCCCUUGGAGCACUGGAGAGAUUCGCCCCAGAAGGCCUCCAAGUGCUCUCUCUCUCCCACUGCACCUCACUCACCCCCACAGCCCUCCACCACUUCCUCUCCUCUCACCCAUCCCUCUCGGCUAUCGUCAUCACUGGGUGCCCCCACCUGGCCCCCCUCGCCCCAUCCUUCCCUCACCUCCUCUUCCUCACCCUCACACCUGCACGCAAGUUUGUCCGAGUCUCUUUAAACCAGAAGCGAGUGCGUUUGCUGCUCCUGCUCUUGCUCCCACUGCUCCUGCUCCCACUGCCCCUAUCAAUACCGCUCCCGGCUCUAAAUACGCAUCUGCUGCUGCUGCUGCUGCUUCUGCUGCUGCUUCUGCUGACCUGCCAGGCCUUCAAGAGGGGCGCCUCUAGCAGCAGCAGCAGCUGCGUCACUGGCAAAGGCAGUAGCAGCAGCCAAUGUGGAUGGGCGGUCACAGCGGGGACUCAGACCCUCAGGAGGGAGUGGAAAGGCAGCAGGCGGUGGCGGUUUAGGGAGCGAGGCAGGGAGAGGGAGAGGGAUGGAGGAACGGGAAAAGAGAGGCGCAAGGAGGGCAUGGAACCCGGAGGCAAGGACAGAGGCAGGGCGGAUCUGCAGCAGGAAAGGAAGAAGGGGGGAAUGCUGCCCCCAACAGGGGGAAGGCUGUCACUCAAGUCGAGCUCAGGGCAGGGCGCGCCCGGGGGAGGUAGACCCGGGGCAGGCGGACUGGCAGUGCGUGUGCUGGAGAGGGAAAUACUUGGGGCUGUUCGCAGGCUGCAGGAGUGGGACAAACAGCACUUUUUCUCCAAGGGGCUACUGCCACAGGAUGCAGCACCAGGAGCAACAGCAGGUGCCAGUCGCAGGGGGCGGCUCUCCUUAGACCUGCCCACUCUAGAGAAACGGCUUAAGGAUGGGGUGUACAGUGACGCCUCUGGGGUUGCUGCUGCCAUUGCCCGUGCUGCUGCUUCUGCUGGAGCAGCAGCAGCAGCAGGUGCAGGAGGAGGAGCAACAGGGGGGGGUGGAGGAGGUGGGGGAGCAGGAGGAGGGGCAGGGUUGCCUGCAGGGUCGGCUGUUGCAGGGGCAGCAGCAGCAGCAGGAGCAGCAGCGGCGGCGGCGGCUAUGGGUGUGAGGAUCAACGGGCUGGUGCGGUUCGAGAGCGACAUUCAGCUCAUGUGCCGCAGCGUGUUCACCGGUGUGAGUGAGAAGUCCCCCAUGUACCGAGCGGCACGCCAGCUCUUCUCACUUGCCCGCUCAACUGUAGACACCAUCAAGACCAGCCUCCUCAACACGCUUGCAGCCACUCACAUUGCUUCCACUGAUCGUCCUGCUGCUGCUGCUGGCAGCAGUUUUGGUGGUGCGGCUGGUGGUGGUUUUGGAGGUAAUCUCGGUGGUGGUGGCGGCAGUGGGGCUGGGCCUCGAAUGGCGCCUGGGAAGGGGCGGAAGAGUGCUGCAGAUUCGGAUAGUAGUGGAUAUGAGAGUGAUUCAGAGGAGGGGAGGUUUGGGCAGGAUGAGAUGGAGGAGGAGGAGUGGAAAGGGGACUCGGGAAGAAAUAUCUGGUCGGAAUCAGAGGAGGAGGAUGAGGACGAGGAGGAGGACGAGGAGGAGGAGGGAGGGGAUUCUGACUUGGACGCAUUCGAGUCGGCGGAGGAGGAAGGUUCUGACGCAGGUUCCGAGACCAAGAAAGCUGCUGCAGCUGCUGCCGCAGCUGCUGCUGCUGCUGAAGUUGCGACCACCAAGACCAAAGCCAUGCAGCCAAAUGGAAGGAGACACAGAGCAGCUGAGACCACUGCUAAGCAUGCGUCUGCUAAUGGUGCAAUUCCCAAGACUGCAGCAGCAGCUGCUGCUGCUAACUCCUCCUCCCCUUCCUCUCCAUCCUCACCAGCCACCGCAGCCACCUCGGCCACAUCCUCCCCUUCUUCCUCCCCCCCUUCCUCUCCUGUUUCGGAUGAGGAGGGGUCGGAAUCAGGGUCGGAUGCCCAGUCGUCCUGCUCCCUGGGAGGGUCCGUGCGCCCCGUGGGGCGGAAAGCAGGGAGGCAGGUGAAGGGAAGGGAGGGGAAGAGGCAGAGGCAGCAGCAGGAAAAGAAGAAGAGGAAGAAGGAGGAGGAGGGGAGGGAGCGUGGUCAGAAGAGCAAGGGGCAGGAGAAGGGAAGGGGGAGAGGAGGGAAGGGAGAGGAGCGGAAGGGGAGGAGGAAGGGAGAAGGGGCCGAGGCAAGGGGAGGGGAGAGGAAAGGCCGCACCAGCGGUGGUACCGCCAGCGCUGCUGCUGGUGGCGCUGCUGCUGCUGCUGGCACUGCUGCUGGUGGCACUGGUGCUGCCGCUGCUGUGAGCAAGUCAGACAACUCAAGGGCAGAUCGGGCAGAGGAGGAGGAGGAAGAAGAGGAAUCCUCGUCGUCCUCAGAAGGGUCGAAGGGGUGGGGGCCGGUGGUAGUGGUGAACGUAGCGGAUGAGGAGAUGAGGCGGCACUGGGGCAACAGGAUGACCCGGGCCGCCAUGGUGCCGCCUGUGACGAGGCAGUAUGAGGUGGUAGAGGAGUAUGUGAUUGUGGAGGAGAGCGAGGGGGUGAGGCAGAAGAUGCGGGUGGAUUUACCGGAGGACUAUGAGGAGAAGGCGAGGCAUGCCAAGGCCAUGGCUGAAGCCAACCGGUACAUCCACCUGGAGCUGCCAGAAGUGAGGGAGUGGCGGCCAAGGAAGGCAGUGGGGCCGGAGGUCGGCGAGCAGGAGGUGUAUGGCAUCGACCCGUACACGCACAACCUGCUGCUCGACACUCUGCCGUUCAUGCCGCCUGCUGAGACGGACGAGGAGAGACACUCUUUCAUUGAGGAUCGCCUGCUACCCGCCCUCAAUCAACUGGCGGCCUCGUUCAGAGGCAAGGUCCCCCUGGAGCUGGACCUGAUGCCGGUGGUGGCGCUGAUGAAGAUCGCGGCGGACAAGGAGGGCAACCACGCCCUGAGAGACUUUUGCAAGACGCUCUACUCGGCCAUGCGGGCGCGGAGGAACAUGAAGAAACCCGACAAGUACCUGGCGUACAGGAAGGGCCUGGGCGUGGUGUGCAAGGCGCCCCAGGGCAUCCCUAAAGAGGACUUCGUGGUGGAGUUUUUUGGCGAGGUGUACCCGCCGUGGCGGUGGCAUGAGAAGCAGGACGGCAUCCGCAUGAUCCACAACAAGGAGGCGGUGUCGGAGUUCUACAACAUCCUGCUGGAACGACCCAAGGGUGACGUGGCAGGGUACGACGUCCUAGUCGUGGACGCCAUGCAUCGAGCCAACUUCGCGUCGCGCCUCUGCCACUCGUGCAGCCCCAACUGCGAAGCCAAGGUGGUGGCGGUAGAUGGUUCGUACAUGAUAGGGGUCUACGCCAUUCGCCACAUCCUGCCGGGGGAGGAGCUCACCUUUGACUACAACUCUGUUACUGAGAGCGUGGAGGAAUACAAGCAGGCAGUCUGUUUGUGCGGCCACCGCUACUGCAAGGGCAGCUACCUACACUUGGGGGGCGGCCAGUCGUACACGCAUGUGAUCAGCGACCACCAUGCCGUGGUACGGCGCCACGCGCUGCUGCUCAUGGCGUCCACAGGGGGGCCGCUCACAGAGGCGGAGGAGAGUGCUCUCCGCAGGGCGGGCAUCGGGAGCAGCCUGCUGUCGGAGCUGCCUGACUGGGCCAUUCGAUAUACCGCUCUCCUGAUGGAGUUUAUAGAGGAGGAGAAGUACCUCUUACCUGAGCUGAUAGUAAAGGAGCGGCAGGGUGAGAGGGCCAAGCAGGGGGGGCACAAGCGUCCCGCUGAUGCUGCUGCUGGCAGCGACUCAGCUGGUGCGAAUAAUGCUACUGGUGCUGCUGCUGGUGCUGAUGCUGGUGCGAAUGGUUAUAGCAAGGAUGGGGGUGGAGUGAUACCAAAAUUAAACGCGACGAUGAUUGGAGCAGAGAGCAGCAGGGCUGGUGGUGAUGAUCGUGGUGAUGGUGGUGGCGGUGAUGGUGGUGGCAGUUUAGAUGGCAUGGAUGUUGAUGCAAUCAAUGGCGGUGCAAAUAGUGCUGGAAAUGGUGGUAGUGCUGCUGGGGCUGUUGCUGCUGCUGGUGGUCCUGCUGCCACUGCCACUGACGGUGGUGUGGACGGUGUUGAUGGUGGCGUGAAGGGUGCUGGUGGUGGUGGCACUGGUUGUCGUCUUGUGAAUGGUCUCAACGGCAGCCUUUGGAAGGAUGGUGGCUUGAAAGACGGCACGAAUGUUGGGAAUGGUGGUGAGAAGAGUCACGGGGGGAGAGGCGAUGGGAAUGGUGCUGCUGCUAUGGAGACAGGAGAGGGCUUGGAUAAAAGAAAGGGUGAUAGGAAUGGGAGGGAGUUCAGUGACGUUAGUGAGAGUGAUGGAAGUCAGGAGGGGAGUGAUGAAGAGUACGCGCAAGAGGAAGAGGGGGAGGAGGAGGACGACGAGGAUGAUUACUCGGCUGCUGAAGAAAGGAAGAGACGGAGGAAGAGGAAGAGGCAGAAGCAGAGGCAGCAGCAGCAGCAACUGGGGCUGCAGCGGCUGGAGAAAGAGGAGCAGGGUGUUCAAGGGCAGCAGGACCAGGAAGAGGGGGAUGAGGGGGAGGAGGAGGAAGAGGGCUGGGAUCCGGAAGAAGAUGCAAAGAACGAGGCAGAGGGGGUGUAUCUGGGCAGACUACAAAACCUGGCCACCACGAUGGACAAGGUCCGCUACUGCCUCAAGUCGCUCUACGGAGACCCCAAGGAGGGCCCGCCGCCCCUGCGCCUGGUGACGGGGCACGAGCUGGUGCGCAAGGUGUGGGGCGGGGAGGGGUCUGUGGUGGCCGUGCUGCUGCGCUGCAUCUCCCUGCAUCUGGAUCGGCCAGCCUUUGUGGCGUUCAGGCAGAGGGUCAGGGAGAGGACGCCAAAACCUAACGCUCACGCUCUCAAGCGCAGCUUGCUCUGGCUGCGGGACGAGUUGCUUCAGCUGCCUGUGACUGCGGGCAGCCGAAACGAUGCAGCGGCUGAUCUCAUCCACUUAUACGCCUACACGACCAACAUGUUCGCUCUGCACGAAUACCCGCCCUUCGACUCGCCCCCCAUGACCAUCGUUGCUUCGGACCUGGGCCGGAACAUCGCCUCUCCCACUCCGUCCGUCCCGCCCCCAUCCUCCUCCUCGUUCGCACACUACCCCCGGCAAGACGAGUGGGAGUGGGUGAAGGAAUACGACAGCGAUUAUAUUUACGGGCAGCUGAUAUUCUGGUUCAAGCAGACGCUAGUGGAUCCAGGCAAGGCCUUGAGGGCUCUGAGGAGGGGGUGUCUUCUGCUGCCGGAUCCAUCGUCCUGCUAUUCUAAGAACCCGCUGCAAGCGCUGCCAAGGGCGUACGGGCAGAGAGAGAGGAGGUCGCUGCUGCAUCGCAUGGAGAAGCUGCCGGAGAAGCCGUGGCCAAAAUCAUCCGAAUCGUCCAUCUGGGACUUCCGGUCAGCUCGAAAACUUUUCGGCUCGCCGAUGCUGGAUGCUGCCAUCACAGCAAAGCCGCUUGAUCCUGAAAUGGUAGCGUGGUUCAAGAACCGACCAAUAACAUACGUCGGUCCAUACGACACGUGAGCAUGGUGAGUGACGACACUUGAACAGAGUGAGUGGUGACACGUAGCACCUAGCGUUUAGUGACCCGGCAUAGCGUGUCAACCCGAGGCUGGCUGGUUGCUGCAAGCCCGAAUGGGAUACAGGGUGCCAUUUUUCUUCGGAUUAGGGAUAAAUAGGAAGUAGGAUCAGUCCUAUCUGAAUGGGUUGUGCCGCCAUGGUGGCGUCAUGAUCGGUCUCAGGUAGAGGCGGUCAGAUAGGUGCAGCAGACAGAUGCAGCAGUGCACAGGUAGGAGCUGGCAGUUAGGCUGGGUGGAGUGGAGCCGCGUUGGAGCAGCAGCCGAUAGGUUAGCUGGGGUUAGCAGCACACAGGCAGCAGCAGACUUAUCUGUACCUGCCAGGAUUGGAGCACCAGCUGCAGGUAGUGGAGCCUGUGGAGCAGCCAUUGGAUACGGCAGCAAACAUCAGGGGGCUGUGCUGCAUGUGUUGUGCGCACAUGGGGCAAAAUGGCCAGCACGAGGAGCUGGUACGGGGGCUGUGUUUCGUGCACCCCAGAGGCUUUAAGUUGCCAGCAGCACCAGGGUGGUGGUGAGCCAUAUUGGAUUGGAAGAGGAGCUGAUGGAGGUUGGAGAAUCUAUACUUCCAGUAAGCAACACAUUGGUUGCAAACUGACUCAGUGGUAGGCCAACCAAACUCAGGCCACCACGACUGACUGGAACUAACAAACUGAUCAUUGACCUAGGAUCAUCACUAACUUCCUGAGACAUGCCUGUCCUGUUGUCUGAUUUGUGUUUCCAGCCUGUCACUUGCUAUUGGUAGUAUCACUGACCAUUUGACUAUGUAAUAGCUGUAUUUACAGGUAGCUGCGACGCUGUGUCCUAGCAUGACGGGUAUAUAUCA